AUGCAGGGCCUGAUGUUUGGACGUGAACUUCUUUUGGUGCUUUUCUCCCUUGCCAGUGCCAAACCAUGGCCUGAGACAAGUGGAGGGUCCGUGAUCGGAAUUACUCUUCCAGCAGCUGGUGGUGUGGAAGUUGAUCAGUUCCUUGGUGUUCCUUUUGCGACCGCAAAGAGAUUUGAGCCACCCAUGGACUUCCAUGGGCCGUAUCCAGGCAGAAAGGUUGCAGCGGCCAUGUGGGGACCUGCCUGCAUGCAAGUUGCAGGGGAUCCGACUCAGACGUAUGGAAGUGAGGAUUGCCUCAAAGCUAAUGUAUGGAGCCCGCACCGAGCUUGGGAAGCUGACAACAAACUUCCCGUCAUGGUUUUCAUCUAUGGAGGCUCCAACCAGUUUGGUGAAGCUGAGCCAUACAACAUGAGUGCCUUGGCGGCCUUCCAUGAUGUCGUUUGUGUAUCCUUCAACUACCGAACGGGGCCACUUGGGUGGAUGGCUUUCGCAGAAGACGUUGAUGCCAAAAGAUCAACUGGCAACUGGGGAAUCUUGGACAUUCAGAGUGCCUUGCGCUGGGUUCAGCGAGAGAUUGCGGCCUUUGGAGGCGAUGCAGCACGCGUUGCUAUCCAUGGGCAAAGCUCUGGGGGUGGCUUGGUAGAGCUUCAAUAUGUGGCUCCUGAUUCCAAUGGUCUUUUCCUUGGAGCUAUCAGUGAGUCAGGCAGCUUGAGUGCUGGAAACCUUGAAGCAGCAGUAAAAACUUCAACUGCUAUUGCUCAAAGCUUGGGUUGCCUGACACCCCAGCGCAUAGCGAACAAGACCUGCCUUGCAGAGGUGCCUGCAGUGAACCUCACUCGCACAACCUAUACUGCCGGCUGGUCACCCACUACUGAUGGCGUCACAUUUCCCAAAGCGCCAGAGGAGUUGUUGCGCAAGGGCCUGGUUAACAAUGCUACCAUAGUCCUGGGAGCGCAGACCAACGACAGCAACCUCUUUCUCUUCCGAGACUACACCAAGGAUGGCUUGGAUCAGCCAAAUGAUCAUCCUGAUGGAGCGCUAAAGCCACUCUCAGCCAUGGAAUAUGGUGCGCAACUUUUCAUUCGGGUUGGCCCCAAGUUUGUAGCCAAGGCGUUGGACCUCUAUCCAGCUGACGCUGCAGACGGCAUUAGGAACGUGCACCAACUUGGCAAUGUCGAGUCAGAUCAGAUGCUUUGUGGCAUCAGACGACGGGCAUCUUGGUUCAACCAAGCUCGGCCAGGACGUGCUUUUGCCUACCGCUUUGACUACUGGUACACAGGCAAUCCGAACUGCACGGCGGUGCCCAAUUAUCAUUUGCCGUAUUUAGGAGCUGCACACCAGGACGAGGUGACUUUUGUGCUUGGUCAACCCAACUUUAUGGAGGAUGGAAGCUGUUGUGGCAUUUGGGGCUUGACCACCCCUGACUGUCCUCAUCUUGAUCGAUGUGAAGCAUGCUACGCGCCAACUCGCUUUGGCCGCGAAGGGUACCGAGCGUACUUCAACGACAAAGAAUGGGCUUUUGCGAGGACGGUGGGGACCUUCUGGACGAAUGUGGCUGCAAGCGGGGAUCCCAACUGCCGAGAUGAGUGCAGCGCGCAGCAUUGGCCCAAAUUCAGCCAUGGUGAGGUCACCAAGAAUAUUGUCUUGAAUGCUUCCUUGCCUGGUGGCUCCAUUGCUGAAGAAACUCCUCAUGGUCGACCAGAGCUCUGUGCCUUUUGGGAUGCGGUGGAUGCUGGAAAGAGGCAAAGUGCUCUGUAUGUUUCACCACUGGCGGACCCACUCAUCGCGGACAAGCUACUGGAUCGGGCAUUGAAACUUCUGAAGAAGGCAGUCUCUGAGAAGAUGACGAGGCGAGGAGUGCCAGAGUGCACUAAGGCUAUGCGCAAGGGUCAGAAAGGAAUUUGCUUUUUGGCUGCUGACAUCUAUCCGAUGGAUGUCUUCGCACAUGUGCCUUUGCUGGCAGAGGAGAAAGGCAUCUAUUAUUGCUAUGUCUCUUCCCGGCACCAGCUUGGAGCAGCGUGUCAGACAAAGAGGCCAAUUAGCUUGGUCAUGGUCUUGGAGCCCAAGGGUGACGCAACAUAUGCAAAGACCUAUGAGCAAGUUCAGAAUGGCAUCAAGGCAAUUCACCCUUACAUGUAA